GGCGGCCGUUGAGGGGGCGUGGCUUUGUUCUGCUGCAGCGGAGAAAUAUGACAUGGGGAUGAGCGAGAGAGAGAAAGAGAGAGUGCCCAGGAAUUAAGUGUUCGUCAGAGAGGUGUGGAGCUGUAAAACAUUAGGAUGGGGACUAAUGACUGAACAGAACCACGUCUCUUCCAUUCAUCUGCCUCUACCGAAGCCAUGGACUAGAGCUGUAUCUGGUCUCUACGGUCCCCUGGUCAUCGGAUGGCUUCUCAACAACCGCUAGCGCAAAUACAGAAAAUGAGAACGUGAAGCCUGGCGUCCACCAAGGCCACCGCUGCACCCUGGGCAGCGCACACACAUGAUCACAUGACUCUGGACAUGGACGCGGUCCUGUCAGACUUUGUUCGGUCCACAGGGGCAGAACCGGGUCUGGCAAGAGACCUGCUGGAAGGUAAAAACUGGGACCUCAGUGCUGCUCUCAAUGAUUUUGAGGAGCUCAGGCAGGUCCACACUGCCAACCUGCCACAGGUCUUCAAUGAGGGCCGCUACUACAAGCAGCCAGAGAUACAUGACACGCCCACACAUGUCAGCAAGAUCGACAGGCCAUGUGCGCAGAAGCAGGAGGACAAUACACAAGAGAAGCGUCUGUCCCGAGGGAUCUCCCACGCCAGCUCUGCUAUCGUCUCUCUGGCGCGACUCCAUGUUGCUAGUGAGUGUACCAGCGAGCAAUUUCCUCUCGAGAUGCCCAUCUACACAUUCCAGCUGCCGGACCUCAGUGUCUAUAGUGAGGAUUUCAGGAACUUCAUAGAGAGAGAUUUGAUCGAGCAGUCUACCAUGAUGGCGCUGGAGCAAGCUGGUUGUUUGAAUUGGUGGUCCACCAUGUGCACCAGCUGUAAGAAGCUGCUUCCUCUCGCCACCACAGGGGAUGGAAACUGCCUUCUGCAUGCUGCCUCUUUGGGGAUGUGGGGCUUCCACGACCGAGACCUGAUGCUGAGGAAAUCCCUGUACACCAUGAUGAAGAGCGGCGCUGAGAGAGAUGCUCUGAAGAGGAGGUGGAGAUGGCAGCAGACCCAACAGAACAAGGAGUCGGGCCUCGUGUACACUGAGGAGGAGUGGGAGAGAGAGUGGAAUGAGCUCCUCAAGUUGGCCUCCAGUGAGCCGCGCACUAACCUCAGCAAAAAUGGCAACACCAGCGGCGGGGUGGAUAACUCUGAGGAUCCGGUCUACGAAAGUCUGGAAGAGUUUCAUGUGUUUGUGCUUGCCCAUGUGUUGCGAAGGCCGAUUGUCGUGGUGGCUGAUACAAUGCUCAGAGACUCAGGAGGAGAAGCGUUUGCUCCGAUCCCAUUUGGGGGACUCUACCUGCCAUUGGAGGUUCCUCCGAGCCGCUGUCAUUGUUCACCUCUGGUCUUGGCUUACGAUCAGGCUCACUUCUCUGCACUGGUGUCCAUGGAGCAGAGAGACCAGCAGCGUGAACAAGCUGUUAUCCCUCUGACCGACUCGGAACACAAGCUGCUGGCUCUCCAUUUUGCCGUGGACCCUGGCAGGGACUGGGAGUGGGGGAGGGACGACAAUGAUAAUACCAAGCUAGCCAAUCUCAUCUUGUCUCUGGAGGCCAAACUCAACCUGCUGCACAACUACAUGAAUGUAACAUGGAUUCGAAUUCCAUCUGAAACAAGGGCUCCCCUGGCUCAGCCAGAGUCUCCUACAGCCUCUGCAGGUGAGGAUGUCCAGUCUCUAGCUGAAUCCAUGGACUCUGACCGCGAGUCUGUUGGCAGUAACUCAAAUGUUAACGCCGGCAAAGCUGGCAAGGAGAAGGACAAAGACAAGCAGCGCAAGGAUAAGGAUAAAAGUCGGACUGAUUCUGUAGCCAACAAGCUAGGUAGCUUCAGCAAAACGCUGGGAAUCAAGCUGAAGAAGAACAUGGGAGGUCUGGGAGGCCUUGUGCAUGGAAAAAUGAACAAAUCCAACUCUGGCUCAGGGCGCAGUGCCGAGAACGGCGGGGAAAAGGUGAAGAAAAAGGAGUCUAAGACAAAUAAGGGGAGCAAGGAGGAGUCGGGCCACUCUACUAGUUCCACCUCGUCUGAGAAGGCCACUAGCCCCUCCCCCACAGAUAGAGAUAGACCCUCCAGUUCCUCCCCUACUGAGAAACAGGACAGCACAGGAAGAGGAACGGCAGACAAAAUUCUAGACAAUUGGAAGUACAGCACUGAUGUCAAGCUCAGCCUCAACAUCCUGCGGGCCGCCAUGCAAGGAGAGCGCAAGUUCAUUUUCGCCGGCUUGCUCCUCACCAGCCAUCGGCAUCAGUUCCAUGAGGAAAUGAUCAGCUACUACCUGACCAACGCCCAGGAGCGCUUCAGCCAGGAGCAGGAGCAGAAGAGGAAGGAGGCAGAAAAGAAGCCCCCGGCCAUGAACGAGGGGCCAUCAAAGAAGCCAGAGCAUGAGAGCCUCUUCCAGAGGGAGAGGUCGGACAGCUUGCCCCCAGAGAGCUGCUCCCCCAUCCCCCCCCACCACGCCCACACCUACAACCCACCACCCCCACUGGGCUUCAAGAUGCAGGGCAGGAGUAGUCCCACUCCUGCAGCUCCCCUCGCCUCAGUCCUGGUCCCGCCGCUCACCCCACCAACAGUACCCCACCAUGUCUCCCACACAGCCCCAUCCCCUGGACCUUACUCCUCCCCCAUUGGUGCUAAGAGACCUGGGCCUGUUCCCGUGUCUGCCCACUACAGCCAUACACCGCCCAUCCAGAGGCAUAGCGUGAUCCACUUACAAGAUGUCAACAUGCAAUCCUCCAUCUUCCAAGACGACCCCUACAAGCCUGUGGUGGGGACCCUGAAGACGUGCGCCACAUACCCACAGCAGAACCGCACGCUUUCAUCCCAGAGUUACAGCCCAGCUCGCCUGUCGGGGGUCCGCACCGUCAACACCAUAGAGACACUCUCCUACAUGCCGACUGAACACAAGUCACACACGUACACCAACGGAUUCAACGCGGGAGACAUUCAGGACUGCCUGGAGUUUGCCGACGAGGACUCCUCGUCUCACACCUGGCUCAACCAAGAUAAAACCAAAGGGCGGAGCUCUGGAAGCCCUUUGUACUGCUUUCAGCAGCGCCGCUGCAAGAGGGAGAACUGCUCCUUCUAUGGUCGGCCCGAAACGGAAAACUACUGCUCCUACUGCUACAGGGAGGAGCUGAAACGCAGGGAGAGGGAGAACAAAGUGCAGAGGCCUGCAUAGCCAUCGCCAUCACCCGUCAGCAAGGCCGCAGGAGACUGAGGAAGCGACACCAUCUGCACUCUGCAUUUACGCAACACAAUGGCAACCAGUUCCUAUUUUGUUGAAGAAUGCUCUUGUGUUCCUGUCAACCUUCCCUUGUUAGUAAAGAAAAUUACUUUAUAACGAGGGAAGAAGAACUUGAAACAGUGAGCAGCUUUGGCCAGAUUUUUUUUUUUUCUGUCUCAUAGAAUUUAGUCUUUUACUUGUUUUAGAGUAAAAGUCAUCUUUUGGUACGCCAGGGGGAAGUUGUUUAUUUUUAUUUAUUUUUAUUUUUUUAAAAACCUGCAUCUCACCCGGGGGGGAAGAUUUUAGCUCGUUUAAAUGCAAUAUCUCGGCUCAGUUCUUCACAGACCUCUACGGAAAAAUUUGUAGUUGUUGUGCAAUCAGAAAUAUUUCAGUGGGAGAUUAAUAUUAGACUUUAAAGCAAUAAAUUGGUGAUUUUUGUUUUGUUUUUUGCUUCACCUUUCCCAAUUUUGUCUAUGCACCAAUAAUAUACUUACUGUACGUUAACUGUGUCAUGUAAAUUGUAAAGGAUUGUUAAAGUGUGCUUUUGUAAACCAGUUUGAAUUACAGGAAUUACAGCGUAUAAGCCUCAUAGAUUGUACCGUCAGAUUAGGUCGAGAUGUCACACUCUCCAUUUGUUAAGUGUACUUUUGUUCAUACUACGAUGCAAAGUGUGUCAGACUCAAAAGUCUUGUCACAUUUUUGCUCCUGAACAUCACAAGCACUGCCAAAUUAGCUUCUUAAAAAAAAACAAAAAAAAAAACAGAAAAAGUUACUAUCAGCAAUUCCAAAUUCUGAAAUGUUUUCCGUGCCAAACACUGAAUAAUGUGCGUAGGAGGACUCGGUCCUCAAACAUGCGCCGUUUAUGGUGUGUUUCUCCGAAUCACAUGUUAAGAUUACUUGUGGGUAGUAAAAAAAAACAAACUAAUAAUAAUAAUAAAGAAGAAACAGGCUUUUCUGGCACGUGGCUGUUUUUCUGCCACACACACGAUCAUGCUCUUAGCAGUACAUGGUGACCCGUAGCCUCGGCAUGCGGGUGAGGUCAUCCCUCCUUUGCGUUCUGCAUCCAGAGGUCGUUGUCAGCAGCAAGCAAAGCUGAGAGCACCUCGAGCCUUUGUGAUGAUCAUCAGUGCUUUAACCAAUCAUUGGAAUCCUCCAAGUGCUUUCUGCUCAUUCAACAUGAUGGGUGUAACGACGCAGUGUUUUGUGUUGUUGUUUAUUCUGGUGAAGCUUGGAUUACGUGCCAUGCUGUCCUUAACUGUGUCCUGGCCAAGGAUGUCCACUGCUCCCUCAGUUGGCUGUUGUCUCUCCUGUGCACACUGCAUUGUUUCUCCUCUUUGUUUCAUGGACUUGCACCAUGUUAGGACUGUAAGAUAUGAUUUUGUAUUCCUUUAAGAGUUUUACACUAAUUUAAGUUAUUAAUUUGCACAUUAGGUACAGAUGUAAAUAUUAAAAUAGUUUAUUGUUACAAA